AUGGCCGCGCAGAACGCUGCCAUCGGCUCUUCGCCCUUCCGCUCGAAGUGCGUCAGGUCGAAGAAGGUGUCGAAGGCCGUUGGAAGCUCGCGGAAGCUGCUCUUCGCGAAGCGCUCGUUCUCUAGGAACUUGAGCAGCACCUCGGUGAACGAGUUCUUCUUGUUCCAUGGGACGAAUCCGUCGGCCGCCCAAGCCAUAUGCCAGUCUGGCUUCAACGUGGACCUCUCCGGGAGCAACAAGGGCGCGCUUUAUGGGCCCGGCGUGUACCUCGCGGAGUCGUCGGCGAAGGCGGACGAGUACGCUGGCGACGACAAGGAGGGUAUCUACAAGGGCCUCUUCGCCAUGUUGCUCUGCCGCGCCAGCCUUGGCAACCCCAUCAUCAACGAGGAGGUGCAGCCCGACAAGGAGGAGAUUCACAGGCUCCUGCAGGCGCACGACAAGCACUCGGUGGUGGGGGACCGCGAGAAGGCGCGCGGCACCUACCGGGAGUUCGUCGUCCGAGACGGGAGGGGCGUGUACCCGGCGUAUGUGAUUAUCUACCGCCGGAAGAAGGCGAAGAAGUGACCCCGUUUCUCUCCUCAGUCCUUCUUCUCUGGUUGCUGCUGAAUGCUUCGGGGGCUUCUCUCUGCGUCACCAGCCUCCCCCUCGCCUCCCUCGCCAGUCUGCCGAGCCGCUGGGGAUCAGCUAAGGUCUGGCCCAGCGGCGCCGCGCGACAGCACUGAGGAGGGAGGAGGUGGUGGAGGAGGAGGAGGAAGUGUUGCCAAUCUCGGGGGGCCCGCGCAAAAGGCGCGACUCGCGCGGGAUGCGGUUUGUUGCGGAGCGCGGCUCCUUUGCGCCGGGAGGAAAUGACCGGCCUCGACCAUCG